AUGAAAGAGAGAAAAUAAUUACUUUGUAGAAAAACAAUAUAAUCAUUAGCUAAUAAAUAAUUAACUAUGAUGUAUUUGCUGUCUAUCUAGAUAGGUAUUUAUGUGUUGGAAAACUAAACUGAUGUCUGAAAAACUCUUAAUUUAAAAAUAUUAAAUAGUUGGACAUAUUAUGAUUACAGAAAUCUAUGAUAUAAUAGUUGUAAACAAUAAUACCUAGAAACUCGUAAGACCAUAUGAUAUAUUUAUCAUGAAAUGGUUUGUGGUCUAUGUGGCCAUUAACCACAAAUAUUAACACCAUCACAUGUGUUUGUGGUGGUUAGUGGUGGAGCAAUUUCGUUGUCAAUUGUGGUGAACACGGAUCACCACAUCUAAUCAAUUUGUUUUUCUCUCUAUUUCUCAGCAUUUUAGUGGUUGAAUGUUGUGAUGAGUUGGUACCCAUUACUCUAGUGUUUAGUGGUUAGUAUAACGGAUGACCUAAUAAAUGACGUAAUGAGGAUGUAGAGAUGUACAUUCAUACUUCCAUUUAAAGGUAGAAACAUCGAUUAAUAUUUUGAAGAUCAAUGUCACACUCAAUGAAUUUAUGAUUUUUGUAUUCGAUAUCAUAUCCAAUAAUGUUAUACCAUAUGUUUACCACAACAUCCUCGUUGUUUCAUGAUGUUUUUGGACAUGAUAUUCUUAAAGGAUAUGUAUUAAUCGUUCUAGAAAAUAAAUAAAAUUCGUAAGAAAAUUUUAAAUGCUACAGAGAAUCAAAUGUGUGUUUAUUUUAACCACGAACAAUGAUAUCGAGUUGUUAUUAUCAUUUAAAUAAUCAUGCUAUAGAACAUAGAAGCAAAAUUCACAUGUUCCACUUCAGUUUGGAGAGUUGAUGUUAACCUUCGUUGAGGAAUGGAGGGAGAGGAAUGGUGUUUUGGUCCUUCAUUAAGUGUUUCUUGUAUCAUUUUUUCCAUUUAGUGUUUCUUUAAAUUUUCAAGUCACUCUCUUAUUAUUUUGUUUGAAAUCUUCAUGAAUUUAAGCUCGCGUUGGCUUCAUGGUCCAACAUUUUCCAGGAUCUUUCGUUGAUUAGCAACACCCUUGUAUAAUAUAAAAAGAAAAAGGUAGACACAAAGAAAGGAGAAAUUGAAAAAAGUUGCAUCAGAAACAUUUUUAGAACCACCAUUUUUAGAGGGAGAGAAAUGGGGUUUUGGUCAUUGUUUGAGGUGGCAUCAAUGCCGAUUUUGGAGGUAUUGCUAGUGAGUGUAAUUGGAGCAAUCAUGGCUACCAAUUACUUCAAUGUUCUCUCUGGUGAUGCCCGCAAGUCACUAAAUAAGAUUGUUUUCGUGGCAUUUACUCCCUCACUUAUCUUUGCUAGUCUUGCAAAAACCGUCAACCUUGAAGACAUUAUCUCUUGGUGGUUUAUGCCGUUAAAUAUUGGAAUGACAUUUAUUGUUGGAGGGACAUUGGGGUGGAUAGCAGCAAAACUAAUUAAACCAAAACCACACUUGGAGGGCCUACUGAUUGCUAUGUGCUCUACAGGAAACCUAGGAAACAUUCUAUUGAUAAUUGUCCCUGCAAUCUGCACCGAAGCUGGAAGCCCAUUUGGAGAACAUAGUAUCUGCAAGUCAAAAGGAUUUGCAUAUUCAUCAUUCUCCCUAGCGUUGGGCAGCUUCUACAUUUGGACAUACACUUUCCAAUUGAUAAAAAACUCAAGUUUAAGUGUAGAAAGCCAAGAAUAUAUCGAUUUAGUUGUUCCAUUAUCAUACCCGACUAGUGAUAAAAAACAAAUCCAACUUACUAUACACGAAGGAUCUGUAAGCAGUGAUGAUAAAAAAGAAGAAUCCUCAUGUAAACUAGCAGAAAUACUCCACAAAUUCUUGGAGGAACUGCUGUCUCCUCCAAACAUUGGUUCUAUUUUAGGAAUGAUUUUUGGGGCGACCCCAUGGCUGAAAAAGCUUGUGAUGGGGGUUGAUUCUCCUUUACGAGUUAUCCAAGAUUCUGUCACACUACUUGGUGAUGGAACCUUACCUUGUAUCACUCUUAUACUAGGAGGCAAUCUAAUACAAGGUUUAAAGAGAGCAAGCAUCAGGCCUAAUAUCAUUAUUACAAUCAUCUGUAUACGAUAUGUUAUUUCUCCCAUUGUUGGAAUCUUUGUGAUCAAAGCAGCUGAUAGUCUACAACUACUUCCUGCAGACCCUCUCUUUAGUUUCCUAUUAUUGAUUCAGUACACCCUGCCACCUGCCAUGAAUAUCAGUACAAUGACACAAUUGUUCAGUGUGGGGCAAGAGGAAUGUUCGGUGCUUAUGAUGUGGACUUACUUAGUAGCCACAUUUGCACUUACCGGAUGGGCGACUGUGUUCAUGUGGAUCUUGACAUCAUGAUGUUUUGCUUGUGUUUGCAGAUAUUGUGUGAUAUUGUUGUAUAUAUAUAUAUAUAAGUUUGUAUCUAUAGUGUUUCAAAAAACACAUGUGUACAUCCUUGUAUAAGUUUUUAUUUGUAAAUUUGAAGUUUUGAUAAGAGUGAAGUUAAAAGGUCUACUAAGGUUACUUGAGUUAGCAGUCAAGUGGGGAUACCAUGUGCUUAUUCUUAAAAAUAUAAUAUCAAGCAUUAGGCAACAUUUCCUUUUAAAA